AUGGGCGCUCAAACACGUUCAACAGCACUGAAUAACAUGCAAGCAGCUUUACCUCUCCACGACGUCCAAAUCUUCAGCACAGCACUAGACUUCCUCGUAGCGGUAUUGGGUCACCUGAUGUUGACAGCUUUGCGUCAUGUUGUCCACUUGCAAUCACAACUUACACUUCUAGAAAGAGAGCUUGUCCGUCGGCGCGCAUUCGACACCGGCUUACGCUUCAUACGAUACAGUCAUACAAGUGAUCGAGACAAGAGGCAGUCGUCGAGCUUUGAAGAAGCCUUUGAAAGUCUGCGUGCAGAACUUGUUACCUUCUACCGUUCUUGCGGAGAUCAUGCCGAAGCCAAUUAUAUAAGCACGUCCACCCUCAAGGUACAACCAUAUCUGACUGGCUUCAGCUUCGACAUGCUCACCAGGCUCUCUGCAGAGCUUUGCAACGUGCUACAGUAUGCCUUCAAAGAUAUUAACCCCAAAUAUCAAGACGUGCUGGAUCCGAAGAAAUGCGUUCGUAUAGACACAUCACAUCUCGCCAUAUUGGGUGGAAGAAUGAACAACACAAUUGAACCUGAAAAGUGUGGCAUCAGCAUGCAACCAGAUAUCACUGGUCGCAACGAGCUUCACCUGGCGGUAGAAACAGGCGAUCUGUGCUAUCUGGAGUGGACGUUAAACAACAAACAGCGAGACACCAGCUUCGAUCUUGAGCAAAGAGACACCCUUGGUUUCACACCACUGAUGAUCGCUGCUUAUGUAGGAUGCCUCGAGAUCUUUCGCCUCCUACUGCGCGAAGGCGCAAACGUACGUGCACAGCUUGCAACAGGAAGAAGUAUCCUAAGCCUCGCAAGCUUGGCGGGAAACGAAGACAUUGUUGCUGAGUUACUUGCAUAUGGAGUCAAAGUUCAAGAUUGCAUCGGGUUCUGUUCCCCCAUACACGAUGCGGCCGCAACUGGACGUUCAGAAGCAGUGGUAAAAUUAUUGCUAACUCAUAAGGCUGAACCACGAGACGAAAGAGCCGAGCACGGCAAUCGAUCUGCGUCGCAAAUUGCCUUUGCAAACAACCACCACAAUAUAGGAAUCAUACUACUAGAGGCAGAGAAAGCACUCGAAAGAAAACUACCUACCAGGGAUCCGCAUGGCCACACAAUCGAGUCACUGAAGCGCCUGAUCGACCGAGAGAUGGCUCGUUCGAACAGCCCCGAAUCUCCUGCUGCAAGCCGUAUGGGAAGAACUUCGAGCCCCGAUAGUGAACGCACCCGUAAGAGACAUAAAAGUAUCAACUCGGACUGGCAAGUGAGUGCAGCAAUUGCAAGCUCCACAUCCUCUACACCGCAUGCACACACUACUGUGGCACCCAGUCCCCUUGGCCAGACCAUUGUCGGAUCAUAUAGUGUAAGGACCUUCUCCAACCUGGAAUCGGAUAUUGUUGGGUUGCCUAUGGAUGACUACAUAAUAAGUCCUCACGAUACCGAGUACGACGCCAUGUUCGAUAUGCCUUAA